UUAAGAAACUCGUCUGAUUCGCCCAGUUAGUUUCCUGUGCCAUCAAGCACACGGGCAAUACUUGCCUACUAUUGAAUCCAGACCCCCACAAGCCACGACUAUUACUAGUCAUGGUGGCGGAUGUGUGCCUUGUUAUAGCACCGGCUUCUGCCAUGUACGUAAUUUGUGCCCCUCAUCACCUAAAAUUUCGUGCGUCUCCGAUUUCCUCUUUGGGCCGCGGGGCAAUUUUGGGAACUUAUCUUUUUUCCUGCCUCCUACGCCUUCCCCCCUCAGAUAGAGGAGAGGAGAAUGAUACAACAAAUAGACGAAUUGCUCGGCCAUAUGAGCAAAACCAUACAAUUCAAAUCAAUAACACGUAUCAUACUGUGCAGCCACAGUCUGAUCGCCCUCAUGAGUCAGGGGUUGUUCCAGCACUUAUGAUGGAGACAUUUGCUGAAUAAAAGGAAACCGACCCAUUUUCCUCUCCAAAGAGACAUAUAAUAAUGGCUGCCCUGCGUCACAUGUGU